AUGCUGGGGGUCCCGUCCAGCCCGCCGGACGAGGCCGAGGAGGGCGAAGAGCUGGAGCAGGACCAGCUCGACGCGUUGUACCGGAAAGCCCAGUCCUUUGAUUUCAACACUCCCGAGGCGGAGCCCUCGACACAAUAUACCUGGCCCUUGAAGGACGCCGACGACAAGGACCUCCCCAUCGUCGAGGGGCAGGACAAGUUUUACAUGAAUCCUUACUCUGGCGAGAUGACGCUCGUUUUCCCAGCCCAGGAACAGAAAUGCUUAGGCGGCAUCUUGGCCGACGAGAUGGGCCUCGGCAAGACGAUUCAGAUGCUCAGCCUGAUCCACUCCAACAAGCCCUACCCGAGGGCCCAGCCCAAGACUGGGUUGUCCUCGCUCCAGCAGCUGCGGUCGUAUGGCUCGCCCGAGGCAGAGGUGCUCCGGGCGCCCCAAACCACCCUGGUGAUUGCGCCCAUGUCGCUCCUCGCGCAGUGGCACAGCGAGGCGGAGAAGGCCUCUAAGGAAGGGACGCUCAAGGCGUUUGUAUACUACGGCAGCGAGAAGAACUGCAACCUGCAGGCCAUGUGCUGCGAAGACAGCGCCGCCUCGGCCCCGGACGUGGUCAUCACGAGCUACGGCACCGUCCUGUCCGAGUUCAGCCAGAUCCUGGCCAAGAAGGGCGACAAGUCGCACCACCGCGGGCUCUUCUCGCUCGAGUUCCUGCGCAUCAUCCUCGACGAGGCCCACACCAUCAAGAACCGGAGGUCCAAGACGUCCAAGGCCUGCUAUGCCCUCGCCGCCGAGCACCGCUGGGUGCUCACGGGCACCCCAUCGACCUUUAUCACGCUGCCGUUCGAGUCUAAGAACUUUGUGCGGGCGCUGGAUGUGGUUCAGACGGUGCUCGAGCCGUUGGUGAUGAGGAGGACAAAGGAUAUGAGAACCCCGAUGGAAGCCCAGAUUUACAACCACGUCUUCACGCGGGCCAAGAACACCCUCGACAACAAUAUGGCAUCCGGAACGGUGAUGAAGGCGUAUGCCAGCCUGUUUGCCCAAAUCAUCCGACUGAGGCAGACGUGCUGCCACCCGAUCCUGAUCCGAAACCGCGAUAUCGUGGCCGAGGAAGAAGAGGCAGCGAGCGCCGCCGCCGCCGCCGCGGAUGCCGUAGCGGGUUUGGCCGACGACAUGGACCUGGACGUGCUCCUGCAAAGGUUCACGGCCGACCUCGCGGACGAGCAGUCGCGGCCGGGGGCGACGUUUGGGGCGCACGUGCUGGCGCAGAUCCGGAGCGAGGCGAGCCACGAGUGUCCGAUCUGCGCCGAGGAGCCCAUGAUUGAGCAGACGGUGACGGGGUGCUGGCACUCGGCGUGCAAGAAGUGCCUGCUGCAGUAUAUCAAGCACGAGACGUCGCGCGAAAAAGUGCCCCGCUGCGUGCACUGCCGCGAGCCCAUCAACGUGCGCGACCUGUUCGAGGUGAUUCGGCAUGACGACGACGAUGGCAACGGCGACAUGGCGGCGGCGCUGUCGGGGACGCAGGGCGGCAAGGGGGCCGCAUCAGCCUGCAGCGGGUGGGGACGAGCGACUCGUCGUCCAAGCCAGUUCACGUCGUUUCUCUCGCUCAUCGAGCCGGCGCUAGAGCGGGCGGGCAUGGAUUUCUUGCGGCUGGACGGGUCCAUGUCGCAAAAGGCGCGGGCGGCGGUGCUGGCCAAGUUCCGCGAGGCCGGGCGCUUCACGGUGCUGCUCAUUAGCCUCAAGGCGGGCGGGUGGGGCUUAACCUGA